CCUCGUAAAUUUAAGCCUAAAAUUACAUCCUAAAUACCGCCGUGAGGCCUCCCCUUUCCGGCUAAGUGAUGGACGCCGGUUUUGUUCUCCGGCCAUUGUUGUUUCUCAUCAUCCUGUCUUCUUCUCCGGUAGCAUCUUCAGCACCCGCCUCAGACGCCUUGUUAAAGCUCAAGCAAUCCUUCUCCAACGCGACUGCUCUGGAUUCUUGGAAACCCGGAUCCGACCCGUGCAGCCAACAGGACAAGUGGAAGGGUGUGGUUUGCUUUAAUGGCGUCCCCAGGGGUGUCCGUCUCGAAGGAAUGGGGCUGUCGGGGAAGAUCAAUGUCAAUGCGCUGGGAGAAAUUAAGAGCCUGAGGUUCAUUAGUUUCAUUAACAAUUCUUUUUCAGGACCCAUUCCGGAAUUCAAUCGACUAGGGUCUUUGAGGGCUAUGUUCUUGUCGGGGAAUAAGUUUUCCGGCCAAAUUGCGUCGGAUUAUUUCGUUAAAAUGGAAGCUUUGAGGAAAGUUUGGCUCUCGGAAAACGAAUUCACCGGAAAGAUCCCGGCGUCAUUGGGUCAGUUGUCCCGUCUCGUAGAAUUGCAUCUCGGAAACAAUCAAUUUAUUGGGAAUAUCCCAAAUUUCAAUCACCUAAGUCUAGUGUCUGUGAAUUUGGCAAACAAUAAACUGGAAGGGGAAAUUCCUCCCAGUUUAUCAAAAUUCAAUGCAAAUUCAUUUGUGGGGAAUGCAGAUCUUUGUGGAGAACCUUUGGGUGUUAAAUGUAAUAAGAAAAGUGAAAAUGCGGUAACUGGGAGAGAUGUACAUAAGGAUGGUUACAAAAAAAUUUUGGCUGCAAUUCUAACAGUAGGGAUUAUUAUUCUUGUUGUGGUGAUCAUCUUAGGGAUUAUAAGGAGGAAAAAGAGGAAGGAGGGUUUAAAGGUGGUGGGAGAUAGACAGAUUUUAAUGGAGGAGAUUGAGGUGAAGGUUUUAGUGCCAAAGAAAAAUGGAGCGGACUUGAGCAAGAGGAGUUUAGGGUCGAGUCGAAAAGGGUCUCAGAAGGGAGGUAGUCAUAAAGGAGGUGGUGGGAUGGGAGAAUUGGUGAUGGUAAACACUGAAAAGGGUGUUUUUGGGUUACCAGAUUUGAUGAAGGCAGCAGCAGAAGUGUUAGGGAAUGGGAGGUCGGGAUCUUCAUAUAAGGCAAGAAUGGCUAAUGGAGUAGCAGUGGUGGUAAAAAGGAUGAGGGAAAUGAAUGCAAUGGGGAGAGAAGAAUUUGAUGCGGAUCUUAACAGGCUUGGAAAGCUAAAGCACCCUAAUAUCUUGACUCCUUUAGCUUACCAUUUCCGGAGAGAUGAGAAGUUGUUUAUCUUUGAAUACCUUCCCAAAGGCAGUUUGCUUUAUCUAUUGCAUGGUGAUCGUGGACCAUCACAUUCUGAAUUUGAUUGGCCUGCUAGACUAGAGAUCAUCAAAGGAAUUGCCAAAGGAUUAGAGUACAUUUACACUGAACUUGCUUUUCUAGAUGUACCACAUGGAAAUCUCAAAUCUAGCAAUGUUUUCAUCGGUUCUGACAAUGAGGCUCUACUAUCUGAGUAUGGAUUCUGCCCCUUCAUGAACCCUAAUGCAAGAGUUUUGUUUGCUUACAAGAGCCCAGAAGCCAUAGAGAUUGGCAAAGUGACCACCAGAAGUGAUGUGUACUGUCUAGGAAUUGUCAUUCUUGAGAUCCUGACAGGAAAAUUCCCUUCUCAAUAUCUUAGCAAUGGCAAUGGGGGGACUGAUGUAGUUCAUUGGGUGGAUUCUGCAAUCUCUGAGGGGAGACAGGCUGAAUUAUUUGACCCAGAGAUUGCAAACUCUGGAAUUUCCAGCAGCAUGGAGGAACUUCUCCAUGUUGGUGCAGCUUGUUCUCAGAGUAAUCCCGAGCUGCGGUUAGACAUGAAAGAAGCUAUUAAAAGAAUAGGAAAGAUAAAGAUAGAGGGAGGAGGUUUACCAUCACCUAGCUAGUUGCGGCAAGCAAUUUACUGCAGAUCCUACUUAUUUCUGGAUUCAGAUACAGGAAAAAUGAAUUGAAGUUGUUUCAGUUUACUGUACAGAUCUUGGGUAAAGAAAAGGAAGAUGAAAAGGAUAUGAAUUAUGAAGACACUACACAUGAUUUGUUCAUUUGUUUUUUUUGUAAAAUGUAACUUUAGCACAUUUUAUUCCUUUUUUUAAUCAACUUGUAAAUUGAUU